GUCCUCCAACAUAAUAUCAAAUGCGGUAUCAUGAAUUACGAUUACGAGAUCUACAGUCACGGCAGCAAGGUUCUGUCAAGCUAGACGCCAGCUGGUCUACCGCAUAGCCGCAAUGCCGACACUGUUCAAUUGGCAUCCAUGGAUGCCUUUGCGUGGUAUUGCAGCGACCUGCCAGCUGCGUGCCAGAUUCCACACGAUUACGUAUGCAGUAUAAGCUAGUGUAAUACAUGUUCGUGUAUCACGGCAACAUGUUGGGAGGAGACAUUUGGCAUCUUCGGUAUCUUCGAUAUCGGAAUUAAGAAAAAGUGUGUAUAUAUACAGGAAUAUAUUUCGAUCUAUGCUGGUAUCAUUCCCAGUUCCAAGUCAGUCCUCAUCGUGCUUCCUCGAAAUCGUUGAUAUUCACCUAAGAAAACUACCCCUUUAUAUUGAAUAAGAAGUCUAGAUACAUCCAACAUCAAAAUGACGGCCACAACACAUAACUUCGAUCAGAGCACCGACGCUUUGGAAGUCGCCAAGGCCUUUGCCGAAAGGGUGCAUGGGAAGACCAUAAUCGUUACAGGCGUAAAUCUGAAAGGUAUCGGAUUUACGACUGCGCAAGCAUUUGCCUCUCAGUCCCCGGCCCAUCUUAUCCUUGCCGGCCGCAAUCCCGCCAAGAUUGAAGAGGCUAUCAGCGCGCUUAAGUCAGAAUUUCCCGAUGUUGACUACCGCUCCAUUAAACUCGAUCUCUCUACACAGAGAACUGUCCGGGCUGCAGCAGCCGAGCUUCUCUCUUGGUCAGACGUACCUACCGUCGACAUCGUUGUCAACAGCGCCGCCGUGAUGAAUUUACCCGAGCGAAUCAUCAACGAAGAUGGACUCGAGAUGCAAUUUGCCACCAACUACAUCGGGCACUUCUUAUUUUCUUGCCUGAUCAUGCCGAAACUCAUCAAGGCCGCUCAGAACAACCCGAAAGGAGCUACGCGUAUCGUAAACGUAGUUUCCCUGAGCCCUACUAUGGCUCAAAUGCGGUGGUCGGAUCUCAACCAACUGAAGAUAAAUAAAGAUCUGCCCGAGGCCGAACAGCCCAAUUACACGACACACCGAGCUUGGGGAGAGACCAACCCAGAGGAGAAGUCGUACCUACCCCUCGAAGGCUACAACCAGAGCAAGGUGGCUCUGCUGCUGUUCAGCAUCGCGCUAAGCAAGAGACUCUACGAAAAAUACGGAAUCUUGAGUGUGGCACCGCACCCAGGCAUCAUCGACACUGAACUCUCCAGGGAUGCACCGGAAUACGUGAUGGAAGCAAUAAAGGGCAUGAUGGAGAAGCGCGUCUUCACAGCCAAGACACUCGGCCAGGGUUCAGCGACAAGCCUCGUCAGCGCUUUAGACCCCAAGCUAGGGUUACCCGAAGAAAAGGAUGGAAAGGAGAACUACGGGGCAUUCCUGCUCGACUGUCAGAUCUCCAACCUUCCACUUCCGUCUACGCUGUCAAGCGAAGGAGCUGAAAGGCUGUGGACCAUGUCCGAGGAAUUGGUCAAGGAGAAAUUCUCUUGGUGAAGGAAAAAUGAUCAUGGAAGCAUGCUGGCGAUGUAAGAUAUUGAUUUUCGCAUUAUGAUCCCCAGAUGUUAAGUCUAAAUCGCCAUGUUUAGCCCGGGCGCCCCCCUAGGUAGUAAAUAGUUUGAAAAGUUGUUGCGCGGGCGCCGCUUUUGUUACUGGUCCUUAUAUACAAAUGAAGCCGUACGAGAUAAG